AUGCUGUUUCUGGUCUUGACCCUCCUCGUGGCAGCCUGUGUGUUGGCUGCAGGGGUAGGGCUGUAUGUGAUUUGCUACCAUCUUCUCACGGCGGACAUUCCCGCUGCGAUCAGCUACCCCUGGAAACUGCGAGUCUUCCAUUGCCUUUUCUUGCUGUUGCUGACAUGGGGAAAGAUUUUUGAGAUACUGAGAAUCUGCUCUAUGUCCAGAUUUGUCUGUUUCGCGCACGAUCUGCUGCCAGUAAGGACAGAUCCAGAUGUUGUGGUCACAGAUCUCCGCUUUGGGAUGAUCCCUGUGAAGCUUUACAAGCCGAAGGCGUCUUUCUGGGCCACCAGGACUGGAAUCGUGUUCUACCACGGUGGUGGGGGUGUCCUGGGGAGCUUGAAAACCCAUCAUGGCAUAUGCUGUCGUUUGUGCAAGGAGAGCGACUCGGUGGUUCUAUCUGUUGGGUAUCGCAUGCAGCCUGAACAUAAGUUUCCAGUGCUGAUAACAGACUGCCUUGUGGCCACAAUCCACUUCUUGAAAUCUCUGAAUGCGUACGGGGUGGAUCCAGUCCGGGUUGUUGUCUGUGGUGACAGCAUGGGAGGGGGAAUAGCAGCUCUGGCUUGUCAACAACUCAGAAGCAAACAGGAUCUCCCCACGAUCCGUGCUCAGAUUCUGGUCCAGGCUCUUCUGCAAGCUCUAGACUUCCAACUCCCUUCCUAUCAGCAGAACAGGAAUGUGCCCAUGCUCACUCAGCACUUUGCCUUCUACUGCUGGUGUCACUUCCUGGCUAUCAGCAUCUCCUGGGAAAGCAUAGUCUUGAAGGGUGCCCAUUUGCCUAUGGAAGUCUGGGAAAAGUAUAGAAAGUGGCUGGGCCCAGAAAACAUCCCAGAGAGGUUUAAGCAGCGAGGUUACUGUCAGAUGCCCCAUGCUCCGGUGAAUGAGAAAGCCUACUUAGAAUCAAGCCUAGCUAUGAGUGUGAUGAUUUCGCCCCUGUUGGCAGAAGAUGAUGUCAUAGCUCAGGUCCCGGAAGCUUGCACUGUGACCUGUGAGUAUGAUCUUCUCCGGGACGACUCACUGUUGUACAAGAAGAGGCUGGAGGACCUGGGUGUGCCUGUGACCUGGCACCACAUGGAAGAUGUCUUUCACGGAGUGCUCAACAGCAUUGACAUGGGAUGCUUGUACUUCCCCUGCUCCAUGAGGAUUCUGAAUGUGAUGGUCAAUUUUAUAAAAGGCUUGUGA